UCCUCUCUAGAGCGUUGUAACCUGACUCAGAAGCACGUGACGAUGUUUUAGGAGAGAUGGGAAUUAAUGCGCAGACGCAUCAGCACACCGCGCAAAGGCAAAUUCUCGACUGUCAAGUUUUAGCUCGGGUGAGCGUUACCCGCAAAGAGCGAAAGACACGUACGGUGACGUUUGCAACGUUCGAACGUUUAUAAAGCUUUCUGUUCGAUUCGCAACGAACGAAGAAUUCAUCAAAAGCACGUAGGUGUUACUUUCUCACGUACAAUCGUAACCUGAAUUCUCAAACGAAAAUGUACCUUUCGAGCGCGUAACCUGAAACACAUUUCGCUCGUACGGUUUCGUUCACACGUGGUGAAACUUUGUUGCUUUUCCAUUUUUUUUUCGCCCGUUAAAUUAAAAAAUUCUAUCCGGAUAAAUUCGGUUAGGAUAGACUCGUAAAUUGUUCGUGGGUGUGUCUACGAAACGAAGGAGAGUAAAGAAAAAAAAAAAAAAAAAAAAAGGAACACGUUCGUGUUGCUCCUAGUAAAAAACGACAAGCCGGAAGACGCGCUUGCUGGACACGAUGGCUUCAGGAAUUGCGACCAACGCGUUGCAACGUGCUGCUGCUGCCUUAGUGGUGUGAUACCUAUUGCAAGGGUCGCAUACGGACUGAACAAUGGUGUCUGCUUGAGCGUUACUGCUGUGGUUUACAUUUCCCUAUACAUCAAUUUCCCUUGGUAUUUGACGAAAAUGUCUAAAUACAAUAUUCAAGAAUACGAUCUGGAAACGGGUAAAGAGGUACGGUUAACCGGCUACAAUAAUGCCAGUUUCGAGGAUCCUCUCCAAAGCAAUAACAACGAUCUCGAAGAAACUCCUGACUUGGAGAACAGACUACAUAUUUGCAAUAAAUACAACAAACCCGUGAGCAAUGACGCUACACAAAAUCCCGAAAAGAAUCUAUUAUGCUCCUUAGGAAGGAAAUGGUUAUACCAACGAAUCAAAAGGAGCUGCAAGAAAAAGUUACUCUAUAAAAGGAUACCCAUCACAGCAUGGAUACAGAAAUAUGACAAAGACUAUAUAGCCAGUGAUCUUGUUGCUGGUAUUACUGUAGGGCUCACUAUUAUACCACAAGCAAUAGCUUAUGCGAAUGUUGCAGGACUUCCUCUGCAGUAUGGCUUGUAUUCUUCCUUCAUGGCCUGUUUUGUAUACACCAUCCUAGGAUCCUGCAAAGAUGUGCCAGUUGGUCCAACAGCUAUUAUCGCGAUAUUAACUAGGGAAACUUUACAAAAAUCUGAUUUGGGACCUGAUUUUGCAGUACUUUUAACGUUCAUCUCUGGCUGUGUUUGUUUACUGAUGGGCAUCUUACAAUUAGGUUUUUUAUUGGAUUUCAUAUCAGGACCGGUUUCGGUCGGUUUUACAUCAGCCGCAGCAAUUAUCAUUGCCACUAGCCAAGUGAAGGAUAUCCUAGGCAUUCAUAUUGGCGGUAGUAAAUUCGUCGAAGUAUGGCAGAACAUAUUUGAAAAAAUUGGCGAGACGAAACCUUGGGACACUGCGUUAGGCGUCACAUGUAUAAUCGUUCUUCUUCUUCUUAGAGUUAGUAUCUUGUCUCCUGUAAACUUGUAUACAUAUAAAACUAUCAAAAUUGAAUCAAUUGAAAUACAUAUGUAUAAUGAUUUUCACUUACAGAAAGUCAAAGAUCUAGCUGUAAUGCAACAGGCAGCAAAAGUGCCAUCAAAAGCACGAGCGAUCAUGCAAAAAUCCCUCUGGUUGCUUUCUACAGCGCGAAACAUUCUCGUAGUCCUCGUUUGCGCCGUUAUGUGUUGGCUUUUAGAAAGUCACUUAGGUUUCUCGCCAGUUAGUUUGACGGGUCAUGUCAAACAAGGACUUCCGGAAUUUCGCCCGCCACCGUUUCAAACGUACCAUAACAAUGAAACUUACAAUUUCAUUGAUAUGGUCUCUGCUUUGGGUUCUGGUUGCCUGGUCAUUCCUUUGCUGAGCCUUCUGGAAACCAUCUCCAUCUCCAAAGUUUUUAAUGAAGGUAAACCAAUUGACGCGACCCAAGAAAUGUUGGCUUUAGGUGUAUGCAACGUUGUGUCAGCCUUCGUUUCUUCCAUGCCCGUCAGCGGAGGACUUAGCCGUGGAGCUGUGAACCAUUCCUCUGGGGUGAAAACAACCCUGGGUGGUGUUUAUACUGGUCUGCUGGUGCUCGUAUCACUUCAAUUCCUUACCCCGUAUCUAUACUUUAUUCCUAAUGCCGCUCUCGCGGCAAUCAUAAUCGCUGCAGUCAUUUUCAUGGUAGAAUUACACGUGAUCAAGCCCAUAUGGAGAACAAAAAAGAUUGAUCUGAUACCAGCAAUAGCAACAUUUUUAUGCUGUCUGUUUAUAAGACUUGAGUUAGGUAUAGUGAUUGGUAUCGGUAUAAAUGUCAUAUUCCUACUUUAUGCUUCUGCAAGACCGUCCUUACGAGUUCAUAAAGAUACGAGUAUCAACGGCUGUGAAUAUCUUGUCAUAACACCUGAUAGAAGUCUCGUUUUUCCAAGUGUUGAAUACGUACGGGCUGUAAUUAGUAAGCAUGGUACGAAGGAAGGAACCGGCGUGCCUGUUGUUAUAGAUUCUACACAUAUUCAAGCAGCAGAUUUUACGGCCGCGAAGGGUAUCAAGAAUUUAACAGAGGACUUUUCUAAACGUGGACAACCUCUGAUCUUUCAUAAUUUAAAACCAAGCAUUAUUGAAAUUUUUAAAGCUGUAAAACCUUCCGGUUUAAGGUGUAGUUCUACUGAACUUGAACUCAAUGAUUGCCUCAAAGAAUUUUCAAAUGUUUCGGCAGCUACCAUGAAUAGGUACUGACCAGUACUUAUUGUUAGAUCUUUUUUCAUUCCCGUCCCGGAACUCCUUUAAUUUAUCAUGUAUCAGUAUUACGUUAAUAUAAAGACACCCGACAAUACAAACAAUAAAGAAAAGCAAUGUA